UCCAACGCGAUAUGACUCAGUUUAACGUCGCGACGCUUUGGCUGUGGAUGAGGCAUUUCCGUCGCCGCAUUUCUGGACACUUGUUGAAAUUAAAAGCGCGCCAUUCUAAUUCGACUUACUUAUUUUAGUUUUUGUGAGACUUACUUGGAUGGUAAUAGUGGGUUUUGAUUAAAGUGAACGAGCAGAAAUAUAGUAAAGGGGAUGUUGAGGGAAAGCAGCCCAAAAUCGAGCAAAAUGGACGCUCAAAAUUCUCGACACGACGCCGUGAGAUAAAGCUGAUGAUGAUGGCCGAAUUUUAAGAAACGCUGGCGAACUGGAGGGAUGACGCUCAUCCUUUCGGUGGUCUUGACGAUUAUCUGCACUAUCGGAAUUGCUUUUAACGGAUAUACCGUUCUAGUUAUACUAUUAACCAGGCAGGUAAAUACUGCGAACAACAUUCUACUGCUGCACCUUGGAAUUAUAAACAUUUUCAUUGGAAUUCUCUUCUUGAUCUUUUGCCUGCCCGGUAUAAAAGGUACAGAAUGGGCAAGUGCUGGUGCACCGUGUGCUGUAAACGGCUUCUUCUUCACUUUGCUUCAUCCAUUGGCACUUUGGACUAUUUGUGGCCUCAAUUGCGAUCGUUAUUAUGCCAUCGCAGCACCACUACAUUAUACUCAUAUUGUCAGCACUAGAAAGGUUCUCGUAGGAUUAUUUCUCGGUUGGAUUAAUUCCAUACUUCUAGCCAUUCCCCCCUUGUUCAACGCUGCGCCAUAUCGGUACCUGUCCGGAUUGGGAGCCUGCGCUCCAGAGUUUCGCACUGGAAUCGCUUCAGUGUGGUACGCUGCAGCAUAUACUGGGUUCACUUUAUUAUUGCCAGCCACUGUAUUUAUUUGCUGUAAUGUUAAGAUUUUGAUCAUUGCCAGAUAUCAUCGCCAUAGGAUAGCUUCCGCAAUUUUCGAGGUGGCACUUUCCGCCCAAGUGACCAUCACCCACCAGCGGAACCCAUUCUUCGUGCCCACAGUCACAGCUCCAGCGGCUGGUGGGCCCAAACUACGCGGUUCCAACCCCAUUUUAGCGGUUUUCCUUUUAGUUGCCUCAUUCCUUCUUAUGUGCGUUCCAUACUACAUUCUAGUGCUUUACGAGGCCGCGUCUUAUGCCCUAAAUAUUGGUAGAACGGAACUGGUGGAAGUUUCCAAUAUCCAUCAUUUUUACAUGGCUGCUGGUACAUUACUGAUUUGUUCACCUGCAGUUAAUGGUUACCUCUACGGUCUAAAAAACAAAAGCCUAAGAAAAGCAUUCAUGAACUAUUGGAGAAAGAAACAAACAAAAAACGAGGUACAUCACGAGAUCCAAGCACGGACACCAAGCACUUGUGGUUCCCGAAGACCAUCACUGACACCAUUUGGAGUAUUUACGCGAAAUCCGAACGUAUCCAGACGGAUGUCCGAAACACUGAUCGAUGUAAAUAAAUCCCUCAGAAGUCCACGAAGCAAAAUUAAAAGAAAUACGUCUGAGGUGAUGUGGAGACCUGCAUCAGCAAAUAGUUUGAAUUUAUCACCCAAAGACGAAGCACCGUCGCAAUCAAUGAAACAAACAAUCAGUUGCAAUACUCUGCGGGUACCUGAAGAAAUCCAAAUAGGGACAGAAGAAGAACUGAAAACCGCUGGGCAGAAGGAGGAACCAUUCGAACCGAUCCCAAAAAUAUACAGUCCCAGCAAUCUGCUACUGAAAAUAUUCAAGUUCGAUGAAAAAAUCAUUAAAAAACCGCACAAUUCACCGCCAAACGACUCAGAUGGAAGCCCUAAAAGAUCACCUAGAAUACUCAUCACUCGAGCUUUUUCCGAAGAAAGCGAGAAAAGCUCCCAAGGCAACUCUCCACACCGGGAUAUUAAUAGGAAACUCUCCAAUUCGGCGUCGAACUUGAUUGAAAAGAAAUUGAGGCAAAUUAAGUAUCAGGAUGAAGAAACGGACAGUGAUUGCGCUAAAUCAAACAGCACCACAAAACCAUUGCUGGGCAGUUGCAGUUUGAGUAACCGAUCAUCUGAGUCGUCAGAAACAUCAGGGUCUUCCGGUAAAAUCUAUAUGAACUUAGAUGAGCGCAGAAUGUCGAUGGAUGUGGCCGACCAGGAAUCGAACGAAGAACAACUGCUGCUGACCUGGAAUUCGCACAAAAGAUACCAUAAACCCGAAGACGCUAGACGAAGCCAAAAAUCGAACAUAAUGAAAGUAACUGUUCAAACUAAAGAAAUUGUCCUAUAAUCAUUGUCAGUUUUAUAGCUAAUUCAUCAUAAAUCAUCAGCAGCGACUGAUUUUGUAACAUUACCGAAUGCCAUGCAAUACGUUAAAGAAAUUUCGCACAUUUCUAAGGUAAUAGUUUGAAUAAUUUCAAGUGAUACCAGUUAGAUUUUAUUUAUUACCGAUGUACUGAUUUAAAUAAGUUAAACAUCUA